AUGCUACGCAUAGACGAGUUCAAGGACGAUGGCAGCGAUGUGGCCUCUUCAGCGGACAUGGACGAUCCGUUGAACACGCCGCCCGCUACCGAAAAUGAUCUUCCGCUGGCUCUCGAAGACUCGAAAAUGGCGGCCCCAUCUAGCAAGCUAAAAAGCUUCCUCGAUCGCGCAGUCCAGAUUCUGGCCACCGAGGCAGCAGCACUGGCGGCCGUCAAAGAACUAUAUAGGACCUCGACCAUUGCCCAACAAGGACUCCGCAUAGCAGUGGAUGCUAUCCUAGAAACCCAGCGAACGGCGAACAAGCUCGUCAUCUGUGGCGUCGGCAAGUCUGCGUACAUUGCCCAGAAGUUGACAGCGACCUGCAAGUCCCUGAGCAUCCGAGCCAGCUUCCUGCAUGCCUGCGAAGCUGUCCAUGGGGACCUGGGCGAUGUUCGAGCUGGGGAUGUACUGCUUGGCAAGACACCGGAACUGCUGAAUCUGCUACCGCAUCUUCCCGCUGGCAUCACGACGAUGGCGUUAUCUUCACAUUUGCAGGUCGCAGACUGUCCGCUGCUAUGUGAUGCUGAAGUCGGCAUCUUACUACCAGCACCUAUACCGGAACGUGAGGAGACGACGUUCGGUGUCGCGGCCCCGACGACAAGCACAACCGUUGCACUUGCUGUGGCCGAUAUGCUCGCCUUGACAGUGGCGGACGAGAUGCAUCGGGAUCGCAAGGAUGCUGUUUUCAAACGGAAUCAUCCUGGCGGCGCGAUUGGUAUUAAUGAGCGAGCAGCAGUGAAGCGGAAGCGAAGAGGGGAGGAUGUGGUUGCGCUUGAGCUACCUAGUCCGAGUAUUUCGGGCAACGACGAUGGGUAG